AUGCCUUCCUACAAUCGAGGCAAUAGAAGAAAUCGUAAGCGCAAAGAAAGCUAUGGCAUUUAUAUUCACAAAAUCCUUAAAGAAGUUCACCCCCACAUGAGUAUUUCGAAAAAGGCUAUGAGUAUUAUGGAGAGCUUCGAACAGGACAUUUUAGAAAGGAUAGCGUCCGAGGCAUCCCAAUUGGUCAAACAUGCCAACCAGAAGACAAUCACUACUUUGGAAAUUCAAACGGCAGUCCUGAUGCUGAUGCCAGGCGACCUGGGCAAAUUUGCCCUAAGAGACGGUUAUAGGAUUUUGCAGAAGUAUAAUGCCUCAAGAAGGUGUAAAUAA